AUGCGGUUCUUCAGUGCCGCCUUGAAGGGCCUGACCUUCUUGACGCUCGGUAGCUCUGUGUUCGCCGCUCCUUCGAAUCAGAAGCGCCAGAAUGAUACUGACGCCGGCGCCGAUGGCCAUUGGGUCCCGACUUGGGUUUCUAUGCCUCAGCUCGUUGAGCCUAACAAUCUUCCCCCGGCGCCAUUCACAGGAGGCAGCCAAUUCCAAGGCGCAACUCUCCGCCAGACCCUCCGCAUGACAGUAGGCGCCGAGAGACUCCGGGUCCAAUUCUCCAACACCUUCGGCACCAGCCCUCUGCCCAUCACAGCUGCCACCCUCGCACUGCCCACUGGUGGAAAGGCCGGUGUCGGCGGCAUCGACACGGCGACUCUUGCCGAGCUCAAGUUCGAUGGACAGGCUUCGGUCAGCGUACCCGCGGGCCAGGUCGUGUAUUCGGAUCCCAUCGACUACAAGGUUGAGUCCCGAUCGAUGCUUACCGUUUCCAUGUACCUCCAGAGCGGCCAACAGGGUUCUAGCAUCACCGGUCACCCGGGAAGCCGGACGACUUCGUGGAUGGCGAAUGGGAAUGCAGUUAGCGAGGCUAACGUUGCCGGUGGAAACACUAACCAUUGGUACUUUGUUAGCGGUGUUGAGAUCUGGGCCCCCACCGACACCAGUGCCUUGAUCAUCCUAGGCGACAGCAUCACCGAUGGCCGUGGCAGCGAAGAUAACAACAACAACCGCUGGCCCGACCUGCUCCUCGACCGCAUGCAAGAAGAAGGCAUCACCAACGUCGCAAUCGGCAAUCAAGCAGCAGGAGGCAAUGCCGUCCUCUCAGGUGGCCUCGGCCCCACUCUCCUCACGCGCUACAAGCGCGACGCCAUCGACCAGCCCGGCGUCAAGUACGUCAUGAUCUUCGAGGGUGUCAAUGACAUCGGCAACGGACCCCAAGAUCAAGGCGGCGCCACGCAGCUCGCCGACCGCCUUAUCACGGCCUACAAGCAGAUCAUCGCCGACUCCAAGGCCAAGGGUUACGUGACCAUCGGCGCUACCAUCACCCCGUUUACGGGCCAGGGUCAGUCGUACGGCGGGCCGGGACGCGAGGCGGCCAGGAAGAGGGUCAAUGAGUGGAUCAUGACCUCGGGGGAGUUUGAUCACUCGGUGGACUUUGCGGGGUUCAUUGGGCAGGGGGACGCGUUGAAGGCGCAGUUUGAUGGGGGGGAUCAUUUGCAUCCUAAUGUUGCUGGGUAUCAGGAGAUUGCUAACCAGUUCCCGAUCGAUAUCUUUAACAACUCCUCCAUAUCACACAACACCACAAAGCAAUACAACGCCAAUGGCGCCGCAUGCGCCGGGCUGAGUGAACCCCCAGCAAUGUAUAAUCGCGACAAUCGCAUCAUGCGCAAGCUCCUCGGCCGCGUCGCAGCUGACAGCACCACCGACACCUCGACCGGCGCCAUCGGCAUCACGAGCGCCCCCGCCAUCGCCGCCCCCGCCUAUCGAUCGGCCGUGUCCCAAAACGCGGAAUACAAGGCUGGUGUUCCUAUAUUAUGUCUCGACGCGUCGCCCGAUCGCCGUACUGUCGUGCUCGCCGGUAGGCAUAUCCUCAAGACCGUCACGGUGGACGGGCUGGAGAUAAAUGAUGGCUUCGAUCUUCGCGUCCUGAUUUCGGCGCAGCCUGCGCUGGCGAAGACGGGAGGGGCGUCGGCCAUUUCUGAUCAGUUGUCCAUUAAGGACGUCAAGUGGCAUGGCGACUCGACCAUUUUUACGGCUUGCUCGAAUGGCAAGAUCUUCUCGUAUGAUCUUAAUCGGCUCGGGUCUGGAGGCUCGACAUUUGAAUAUGUGCAGACGGUGGAGGAUACUCGACAAGUUAACACCUUGGACAUUAAUCCCCAUCGAGGGACCUACCUACUCUCGGGGAGUCGGGACGGACUAGUGCGAUGCUUCGAUAUCAGGACACCCCAGACUAGCUGGACGGGUGGUUUGACGUUCAGAGCCGUACAAGCCUUCAAGUGCAACGCUGAUAGCGUGCGACACGUGAAGUGGUCACCGACGGAAGGCUUUUGCUUCGCCUGCGGAACGGAAUCGGGCGUCAUUAUGAAGUGGGAUCUUCGCAAGGCGAGUAGCCCUUUGCUUCGGCUGUCGGCGCACGAUAAGGCGUGCUCGACGAUAUCGUGGCAUCCGGACGGAGAUCAUCUGAUGAGCGCAGGCGGGGAUAGCAAGUGCCAUGUUUGGAAUCUUAGCAAGAAUGCCGACAAGCGACAAAAGGCGAAGUGGACCAUCUCUACGCCUGCUCCGGUCGCCACCGUGUCUUGGAGACCGGGUCUCUGGUCUGCUACCGCCCAGGGGAAACGCGUUGCGCAGGUCGCCGUCUCGUAUGAUGAAUCCAGCCAGAAGCGAUUUGGAAUCAAUGCUGUGCACAUCUGGGAUCUUGCGCGGCCGACGAUGCCCUUUAAGGAAAUUGACAGAUUCGACGCUCCGCCUUCUGGUCUACUGUGGAAGGACCAGGACUUGCUCUGGACGGCCGGUAGGGAUGGACGUUUUAGCCAGUGCGAUGUGGCAUUUGCGCCGAGGGUCAUUGACAGACAGUCGCUUUCGAGCAUGGCGUUCUCGCCGAGGGGGGAUGUGAUGGUUUUCCUUGAUGAAAGGCCAGAUGCCCUUCGACCGCGGGCACCCCAACCGCCUACGCAAUCUACGGCUAAGGCCCAUCGGACAACGGCCUUCGGGUCGACCCCCACCGCACCGAUGCUGAGCAUUAGCAGGAGUGAUUCUGAGGAAGACGUGGUAGGAAGUUUUGUCGGGCCUCGACGGAGAAUACAUCGGAACCAGCAGCGUAGGAGCAGUCGAUCGAUUACAAAUGCGAGCGCCAGCUCGACACCCCCUUCAGCUCCCACCCCACCCGACGAUCAUAACCUGACACUUGAGCAGUCACUCAAGGUAACGGGCCUCUUCAGGUCGCAGCAAACCAUGGCUUUCGGACAUGUACCCGCCGCGACAAGGGUCGAAGUUUAUGACUACUUAGCCGCCAACUAUCUAAAGAUUCUAGAACAAGAAUUACCCCAUCGCAAAGGCGGCAAAUCCCUUGUUGAUCGAGUUGGCGGCAUCAUGGAACUUUAUGCUAGGACGGCUGAGAGUGCGAGGCUGUUCCGACUUGGUCAGACCUGGCGGAUUCUCGCCUACGUGGUCAAUCUCCUUCUCAUCCAACGUGGCCAGUACCACCUGGAGAGGAGGCUCGGUAUUUCUCCGAGCAUGCCCAAGGACGAGCCCGCCGUCAAGACAAAGGAGGUCACUGUCUUAGUACCCCAAGGUAAUGGUAACGGCGAAGACACUCCUCGGAGACUGCCUUCACGGGGUGGCCUGGCCCCCGAAAACCGAAAUCGUUCGGUUCGCUCCUUAUUAUCCGAAGAAAUCGAAAGCACUUCCAACGUUCCCACUCCCAUUGCACGACCAGUCCGCGACGCAGAUGUGCACGACGGCUUCGUGCCGGGCAAGCGGCUGACGCCAGUAAUUGAGCCAGAGAGCUUUACGUUAGGCCCGGCUGCUCAUCCAGGGUUGGCCGAGAGUCCCCGGCGCCGUCUCGACUCUGUGACGCUCUCCGUUGAAAGCAACGGAAGCGGCGAGACGGAGCAGUCUAUCACGGAAGGUUAUGAUUUUUACGAUGCGCAGGCCCUGGCAAAAGCUAUUGAUGUGCCCAAGGCGAGUAAGCCGGAAUCAGUCCCACUCAAACUUGACUAUGGGCCGCAGACGCCCAACGGCAGAGCGCCGACCGCCGUCCCCAGAGACUCUAGCGAUACUUUCCCGCACACAUUCUCGGUAUCCGAGUCCACAGAUACCAGAGUGUCUGGUUCGGAGCUGCCGUCGCUGGACAGCGAACGAAUGAAGCACGCGGCUCGAAUCCGGGACCUCGUAGCCGAGAGAGAAGAGAAGCGGGCGGCGCAGAGCGAGACCACGGAGGGUGAAUACGAGAGUCGGAUAAGAGGGAGGGAGCUUGAAGAAUCCCCGAAGACGACGCCGGCCCGCGCGCAGACAAGGCCGAAGAAUGUGCCGACGUCCGAGUCGCCGGACGACAUCUUCCUCAUCUCGCAAACCACGAUGGGGACGGAUCCGUAUUCGCAGGGAUCACUGCAGUCGAAUACGCAGUCUAAUCCGCGAUCGGAAUACGAUAACCUGGGUACCACCGCGAGCGAGCCCCACUCUCUCGAGUUGCGUAUCGAGAAACUUAAAACGCCGACGGCGCCACCACACCCUUCUGAAGACGAGAGCCAAGUCGUCACUGAGCACGACUAUCUCUACUGGCCCGGCGACCAUCCCUAUCCAUACCCCCUAAAGACCGACUCUUCCUCCCCAGCGAAAACACCCAGCAUCACCACCACCGCCACCCCCAUCGACCCCUACACCAUCAUCUCCCGCGCCAUCCACUUCGAAUCCCGCACCUCCGCCCUCUCCGCCUCCGCCAUGGUCCUCCUCCUAGCCCCCUUCGUGCCCCCCUCAGUCAUCGACCCCUUCCACGCCAUGUCUAUCCUGCGCCAACACCACUCCCGUCUCACGGGCAUGAAAUCCUUCGUGGAAGCUGCGCAGCUCCGUAACCUCUGCGUCAAAGGCUGGCCCGCGGGCCUCCCGCACUGGGGUUCCGACUCAUACACCUCAAUCUUCGCCCCCGCACAACAGAAUGUCAAAGUAGCGUUCUACUGCGCAACGUGUCGCAAACCGCGCGACGUUGAUCCGCGCGAUGGCGAGCCUGCUGUUUGGCGAGCCGAAGCUGGCGCCGCGAGAUCAGACGAGUUGGGGCGGUACGUCGUCGCCGAGAAGGCCGGGUCGAAGGGCAGAGUCGCUAGCGUUAGCGUCAGCGGCCCUGUCGCUGUCAGUGCUAAUGGCGGUAGUCCUGCUCCCGCUGCGGGGACAGGUGCUGGGGUUGCAAGCUCCGCGGGCGGCGCGGCCCCGGCUGGGUCGGCGUCGACUGUGAGGAGUGAUAGUAAUGACGUGCCGCAGAGUAGGGCAGUCGAGAGUGUUAGGGAGGCGUUGGGGAGAGGGGGCAUGGCGCAAGCGAGUCCUGCGCGGGCGAGGGAGAGGAGGAAGAGUGUCAAGUUUGUGGGGGGCGGUGGAUGA